UUUCGACUCUAACUGAGUGACAAUUGCUGUGGGAACCGGAGACUGUGGCCCGCAAACUCGGCACAGGCAGGUCUUUUCCUUCUCUCUCAGCCCCACGAUCCGUACACGGGCCCCGGGGAGCUUCCGGGUAAUCAGGGAAUGGGAACAGAUAGAUCUCACAGACGGAGCUGAGCUCCAGCUAUCUGAAUGCAAGGAUUAAGAACUGGGAAAAAGUGAACAAAAUCUUUCUAUCAGCUGUCGAGAAAAUCUGCAGCUGCUGGAAAUCCAAGCAACACACACAGAAUGCCGGAGGAACUCAGCUUUUGUACUCUUUUCCAUAGGUGCUGCCCGGCCUGCUGAGUUCCUCCUGCAUUUUGUGUGUGUUGCUUGUUCUGCCUGCUCUUGUUCUGGAGUUUUCUACACGUGAGGAUAUGUUUUUACCCAUUCUCUUGCUCUGGACUCUUCUAUCGAAACUCCAGCCAUUGCUGCUCCGUCAUCACUCCUACCAGAUUCCCCUUCGAGACAAGUUUGGCCAGCUUCUCUGUCACAGAAACAUGGAGACAGUCAGAACAGAAACAUGCCCACUCUGGACGAUCGGAAUGGUUAAAAAUGAGAAGGAAUUUGUCUACAGAAAGCUCAAUCAUGGCAUAUCAGUUUUGCUGUCUCUGUCCGGAUAUUUAAGAAGCAGAGCAAGGGAUUCAAUCGAAUAUCCUUCCUGCUCAGACAGUGGGAAUGGAUUCACUUGGUCAUCUCAACUGAAGGUACAUCAGCGAGUUCACACUGGGCAAGGCCAUUCAUCUAUUCUGUGUGUGAGAAAGGAUUCAGUCGGUCUUCCCACCUGUGGACACACCAAUCAAUUAACACCGGGCAGAGGCUAGUCAUCUGCUGAAGUUCUGGGAAAGGAUUCACUCCAUCAUCUGACCUCAUGGCACACCAACGAGUUCACACCAGAGAGAGGCAGUUCACCUGCUCGGACUGUGGGAAGGGGUUCUCUUGGUCGUCUGAACUACUGAGACACCAACGAGUUCACACUGGGGAGAAGCCGUUCACCUGCUCCGUCUGUGGGAUGAGAUUCACUGAUUCAUUCACACUACAAAUUCACCAGCGAGUUCACACUGGGGAGAGGCCGUUCACCUGCUCAGACUGUGGGAAGGGAUUCACACAGUCAUCUGACCUAAUGGCUCACCAGCGAGCACACACCGGAGAGCGGCCGUUCACCUGCUCGGACUGUGGGAAGGGAUUCUCUUUAUCUUCUCGCUUACUGACACAUCAGCGAGUUCACUCUGGGGUGAAGCCGUUCACCUGCUCAGUCUGUGAGAAGAGAUUCAGUCACUCUUCCACGCUACAGAGACACAAGCUUGUUCACACUGGGGAGAAGCCGUUCACCUGCUCAGUCUGUGGGAAGGGAUUCACUCAGUCAUCCAGUCUGCAGAAUCAUCAGCGAGUUCACACUGGGGAGAAGCCGUUCACCUGCUCAGAAUGUGGGAAGGGAUUCACUGAGUCAUCACACCUACAGAGACACCAGCGAGUUCACACUGGAGAGAAGCCAUUCAUCUGCUCAGUCUGUGAGAAGAAGUUCACUAACUCUUCCACCCUACAGAGUCAUCAGCGAGUUCACACUGGGGAGAAGCCAUUCACAUGCUCAGUCUGUGAGAAGGGAUUCACUCAUUCUUCCACCCUACGGAGACACCAUCGAGUUCACACUAAGGAGAAGCCGUUUACCUGCUCAGUCUGUGGGAUGAGAUUCACUGAUUCAUCCUACCUGCAGAGUCACCAGCGAGUUCACACUGGGGAGAAGCCAUUCACCUGCUCAGUCUGUGGGAAAGGAUUCACUCUGUUAUCCAACCUGCAGUGUCAUCAGCGAGUUCACACUGGGGAGAAGCCAUUCACCUGCUCAGACUGUGGGAAGGGAUUCACUGUUUCAGCUAGCCUAAUGGCACACCAGCGAGUUCACACUGGGCAGCGGCCGUUCACCUGCUCAGACUGUGGGAAGGGAUUCACUUUGUCAUCUAAACUACUGAAACACCAGCGAGUUCACACUGGGGAGAAGCCAUUCACCUGCUCAGUCUGUGAGAAGAGAUUCAGUGACUCUUCCGCCCUACAGAGACACCAGCGAGUUCACACUGGGGAGAAGCCAUUCACCUGCUCAAUCUGUGGGAAGGGAUUCACUCAGCCAUCCCACCUACAGAGUCAUCAGCGAGUUCACACCAGGGAGAAGCCGUUCACCUGCUGAGAAUGUGGGAAAGGAUUCGCUCAGUCAUCCCAACUACCGGCACACCAGUAAGCUCACAAUGGGGAGUGGCCGUUGUUAUGAUUCCCUAGGUUUCGUUUACAGUGGACUGUCAUUUUGAGAGAAAGAGAGAGGUAAAGAAGGUGAAUCAGUCUGACUUGCAGCUUGUUUACAUCACUAGCAGCUUGUUUAAUUUUAACCAAGGACAUGGACACUCAGAGUGAGACGGAGACGAAGGAUGAAAAAUGGAAGGUUCAAAACAAGGGAAAUAGUGGCCAAAGCUCAUGGUUUAGAAUGUCCCUACGCCCACAAGUGUGGGUUAAUUAUCGUUUCAGCAUACAUCGAAUGUGUGGUUGUCACCUCUUUUGAUCCAUGGGAGUGGAUCGGAUUUGGGGUAUCCUCUGAAGACCACUUAUGUGUUAACCCUUGCCUAGUUGUGGUGUGGUAAUUCACUUGAAGACAAUACCACUUUUGACAUGUCACUUUCGGUGGUAAUUCGUAUGUGGAUUUGGAACACGACCAAUAAAAUCUACAGUGACUGUUCUCUCAUUUUACCACCAUGUAACCUGUGGAAUUCGACAUAAUUGCCUUCUCUUAACAUUUACCCUGGAUUACAAAUAUCUCCCUGUUAUCACCUAUUCUGUGGUUGAAUUGAACUUUCGUACUUUACCAUCUCAAGACUCCAAGCCUUGUUUCCCCGGAGCUCAAUAGUUCUGGAGUUACA